AAUACCUACCCCGCCAUUUGACACUACCUUCGAAGUACGUCAAUGAGUGGCAUCACAAUCGAUAAGCAAAAUCCCCGCGCUCGUCCGUUAUCGCAUCACCGGCAACUUCAACUUCACGGGAAGAUUGAAUGCGCUUUAUGCUGGUGAUGGCAAGCCAUCCAUCGUGUUCAAUUUGACGGAGCGCAAGAGGUCCGUCUAGUUAUUCCGAUAUACUCUUCGCGCUCGUACAUCCAUCCAUCCCAUCAUAUAUACUGCUGAACUGAAGCUGUUACACAAGCCAUCGUCUAAGCUCAUUCUCUCUUCUUAUGUACUCCUCUGGUCUGCGCUGUGCACUUACAAGAUGGCAUCUCACGAAGAGCCUGCAGCGUUGCUGAAGCUCGUGCCAUUGACUCCUUUCAAGCCCGAUUUAUACGAGCGCGCCUGGCAAUCCAUACCACACCCAACACUCCCCCUCCUCGCCACCGCCCAUCAAAAGUCCGUCACUGUUUUCUCGUUAUCCACUCUCUCCGCCCACAGCAGUCUCACAAACGGCCACGAGCGCUCCGUCCGCUCCACUACAUGGAAGCCGAAUCUGCCACCUCAUAAGCUCUGUCUCAUUACAGGCAGCUUCGACUCAUCGGCGGGGCUAUGGCGGUGGGAAGAUGAGGGCCAGGGUGGUAGCAACAGUGGUCUCGAGGUGGAGAUGACGGGCGGCGCCAAAGAAGAUGCUGAAGAGAAAGACUGGGAGUUGAUCGUUGUCCUCGAGGGCCACGAGUCCGAGAUCAAAUCCGUCGCCUUCUCGCCCUCGGGGCAAUACGUAGCCACCUGUAGCCGGGACAAGGCCGUCUGGAUAUGGGAGGAUAUCGGGGCAUCCGACGACGACGACGAAUGGGAGACGAUCGCCGUAUUGACCGAACACGACGGUGACGUCAAGUGCGUCGCCUGGUGUCCCGACACGAACCGGAGCGGCCGCGGCCGGUACAGCAGUGACGUUCUCGCGAGCGCCAGCUACGACGACACGGUGCGGAUAUGGCGCGAGGACGGGGACGGAGAAUGGGUCUGCGUUGCCGUGCUCGAGGGACACAAGGGCACCGUCUGGGGCGUGCAGUGGGAAUCCAAUACCACAACAGACCAUUUCCCGAGGCUAUUAACCUGGAGCGCGGACCGCACGAUUCGCGUCUGGACUCUCAAAGAAGAAGUAGAGGACGAGGACGAAGCGCCGCGCCAUGCCUUCGGUGGACUAAGGGGGAUCCCGAAUACCAUGCGGCGAUCCCUGAAGGAAGAAUGGAGAUGCACUGCCGUACUCCCCACGGCGCACACGAGAGAUAUCUACUCAGCGACAUGGAGCGCCGAGACAGGGCGCGUCGCGAGCACCGGCAGCGACGGCAUUAUCGCCGUAUACGAAGAAGAAGGUAAAAGCACGGCAACUACGGAGGACGAGGCAGCUGCCGAAUUAGACGGUGACGUGCCGAUGAAAAAUGGAGACACGACGACGAGACCCGCGGCGUCGAAGCAGUGGAAGCUGCUCUCGACAACGCCUAAUGCGCACGGCCCUUACGAAGUCAACCAUAUCACCUGGUGCAAGCGAUACGAUGCUGCCUGCGAGCCGGAGAAACGGGGCGUCGAGGAAAUGCUUGUUACGACUGGGGACGAUGGAAUCGUGCGGCCCUGGCAAAUCUCAUGAUAAACC